AUGUUACGCUUUUCGCUAAGUACUGUGGAUCGUAGGAUUCGUGAGCACGGUUUGGUAAACCUAUUACCGUAUUCCACCAUUUCCGACGAAGAUUUAGACGGCGUUGUUAGAGAUGUGCAGGCAUUGUUUCCCAACAUUGGAUAUCGUCGUAUGUUGGGUGAGCUGACCCGUCGGGGCAUAGUAAUCCAGCACGCAAGAGUAAGAGCAUCAAUGAUUCGAACUGAUCCAGAAGACGCCGUACUUAGAUGGAUGGAUACUAUACAAAGAAGAUCCUACAGUGAUUAUGGACCAAAUGCCUUGUGGCAAAUUGAUGGGCACCACAAAUUAAUAAGGUAG